CACCUCUCCUGUUCUACCCUUUCCUUUCCCCCUUUAUUCCUUCACAAAAAAUUUCCUAAUUUUCAAAAAAUAAAAAAUAUCUGUAGUAGAUUUUCUGGUUUUAGCUCAAGGAAAUAUGGUGGUGUUUGAGGACGAGGAAAAAAUUGAAGAGGAAAUUGAGGAGGAAGUGGAUGGUGAAGAUGACAAUGAGGACGAAGACGAAGACGGCAGUGAUGAGGACGAAGAGGAGAACGUAGAACCAGAUAGUGGUGGACUGGGACCGGCUCAGCCGGUGUACGGUGACGACGACGACGACGACGAUGAGGCUGGAGAAAACGAAGAAGAUGACAACGACGAUGACGACGACGACGAUGAUGAAGACGAAGACGACGACGAUGAUGACGAGGAUGGAGAAGAAGGCGAAGAGGAGGAUCUGGGCACGGAAUUCCUAGUCAGACCAGUUGGUCGUGCUGAGGAUGAGGAAGAUGCUAGUGAUUUCGAACCCCAAGAGAAUGGCGAAGAUUUUGAGGAGGAUGAUGAAGAAGAUGAUGAUGGAAAAGUUGAGGCCCCACCAAAGAGAAAACGAGCUGGAGAAGACAACUCUGAUGAUAGUGAUGGUGGAGAGGACGAUGAGAGACCAUCCAAGCGGUAGAUUAACGGGUCAACCCAUGUUGCAUAGGUCAACUACUAUCGACUAUUUUGUUAAUCCAUCGCUAGAUCUACUUGAUGAGGAUGGGAUGUCUGGGACUAUCUGGCAAUGUCCUUUUCCUUGAUGUAUUAUCUUGGCGCAAUAUUAUUAGGAUGAAUUUUCUUGGAAAUGCUUAAUAUGAGUACUUAGGACAAACUGCUUAAUUAUGGUGUUUAGGACUGUUAUCGAAAUAUUUUCAUUAGGUUUAUAAAAUUUGUACUUAGGACAAACUGCUUAAUUAUGGUGUUUAGGACUGUUUUUGAAAUAUUUUCAAUAGGUUUAUAAAGUUUGUAGUUUACCUGCAA